AAUUAUAGCCCUGGUUAUGUGUGGGGAGCAGGGGUGGUUGGUUUCAGUGGCAAGUAACACCUGAGUCCUCCCUCGACCAAGAAUUAGGCCUUUGCCCGUAUCAGAGAUUUGGGAUCCUAAAUUUCUGGGGCUUUUUGUACUUCAAGCCACCCUUUUAGCUUUCAUUUGGGGUGGGGAUCCAGCUUAUCUCCACUGCCACAUACACCAGUUUUUCGGUAUUUUUGAUCUAAUCAGCAUUUAGUCUAGAAGCUAUUUCACGUGUGUAAAGGGAUAAAGUGCUGCCGGGGGGNAGUUCAGGGUAGAGGCGGAGGCAGCGGUUGGGCUCGCAGCGAGCGGACAGGGUUGAGUCAGUGCGUUCGCGGGAGUUGGAAUCGUAGCCUCUUAAAAUGGCAGAUGAUUUGGACUUCGAGACAGGAGAUGCAGGGGCCUCAGCCACCUUCCCGAUGCAGUGCUCAGCAUUACGUAAGAAUGGCUUCGUGGUGCUCAAAGGCCGGCCAUGUAAGAUUGUGGAGAUGUCAACUUCCAAGACUGGCAAGCACGGCCAUGCCAAGGUCCAUCUGGUUGGUAUUGACAUCUUCACUGGGAAGAAAUACGAAGAUAUCUGCCCGUCAACUCAUAAUAUGGAUGUCCCCAACAUCAAAAGGAAUGAUUUUCAGCUGAUUGGCAUCCAGGAUGGGUACCUAUCACUGCUCCAAGACAGCGGGGAGGUGCGAGAGGACCUCCGUCUGCCUGAGGGAGACCUUGGCAAGGAGAUUGAGCAGAAAUACGACUGUGGAGAAGAGAUCCUGAUCACGGUGCUGUCCGCUAUGACAGAGGAGGCGGCUGUUGCAAUCAAGGCCAUGGCAAAAUAACUGGCUCCCAGGGUGGCUGUGGUGGCAGCAGUGAUCCUCCAGCCUGCAGAGGCCCCCUCCCCCAGCGUGGCCCAGCUCUGGCCUGGCUCUUGGCUGGACUCCUCCUAUACGAUUUAUUUGACGUUUUAUUUUGGUUUCCCCUACCCCUUCAAUCUGUCGGGGAGCCCCUGCCCUUCACCCUGCUCCCUUGGCCAGGAGUGAGUGCACCAUGGCCUUGGUGAAGCUGCCCUCCUCUUCUCCCCUCGCACUACAACCCUGGUGGGGGAGACGGGGUGGGUGCUGCUUGUGGUUUAGUGUUUCUUUUUGUUUGUUUUUUUUUUUUUUAAAUUCAAUCUGGAAUCAGAAAGCUGUGGAUUCUGGCAAAUGGUCCUUAUGCCCUUCCCCAACUCUCACCUGAUCUGACCCCUUAUUUCCUCCAUAGCCCUCUAUCCCAAGCACCACCCCCACAGACUGGGGACCAGCCCCCUCCCCUGCCUAUAUCUCUCCCCAGAUCCCUUUAGAUGGGGAGGGAAGAGGAGGAGAGUGGAGGGGACCUGCCCCCUCCUCAGGCAUCUGGGAGGGCCCUGCUCCCAUGGGCUUCAUCCUUUCCUGCGGGCUCUCUCCCCGACACAUUUGUUAAAAUCGAACCUGAAUAAAACUACAAGUUUAAUAUGAA